ACACUUCAAGAAAAUCGAAUGGCCUACUCAUCCCAUCUAGCUCUAGCUCUAGCUCUCCUCCUCAUGACAAUCCAAUUAACCACCGCCCACUACUCUCGCAAAGACUUCGUUGACGCUCACAACGCGGCGCGCAAAAAGGUAGGGGUAAAUCCCGUGAAAUGGGACUCUGAACUAGAGUCCUACGCCAAAGACUACGCCAAGAAACAAAUGGGAAACUGCAAGCCAAUAAGCUAUUCUCAUGGUGACUACGGCGAGAACAUAUUUUGGGGGAAACACGAUCGUUACGAUGAGUGGGAUGUCGUGCACUCAUGGACUUCUGAGAAGAAGUAUUAUCACUAUAAAGACAACAGUUGCGACCACGGAAAAGAAUGUGGGCAUUAUAAACAGGUCGUUUGGGGGAAAACCAAGAAGAUUGGGUGUGCAUACAAGAAGUGCGAUGGAGGUGCCAUUUAUGUAGUCUGUGAGUAUUAUCCCAAAGGAAACGUAGAGGGCGAGUGGCCGUAUUAGCUUCAUGUUGGUGGUGAUUAGUCAUUGUGAGUUUCAAGAUGUAACGGUUUGAGAAUAAGCUAUGUGAUGCAUGUAUGCAUAUGCAUAGCACGUGUGCUUUGUGUGUGUGUGUGUGAUUGGAUUCAAAAAUAUCCAAAUACUGUGUGUGACAAAAAUGAAUAAAGGUAAGGCUGCUCUGUUUGGCACCAUAAAAUGAGAUUACCAAAAGAGUAAUGUCAGAACUUUGGUCAUACAAGACGCGAGGGUAAUAUUCCCUCACGAUGCUAU